AUGAAGUCUAUGAUAUAUGAUGCUUUGAUUAUCGGUGCCGGUCCUGCUGGCCUUUCCACCGCCCUGGGACUGUCCAGGCUUCACCGCACCAAGGUGGUCUUCACUCGGCCACAGAAUGCAGGUUUCAGGAACGAGGGGACACACGAGGUUCACAACGUCUUGACCAGGGAUUGCACCCCUCCUGCCGAGUUUCGCCGAAUCGCCAGAGAGCAGAUCGAAAAGUACGGUACGACGGAGUUCAUCGAAGCAGACAUCACCGCGAUCAGAAAGCUGGAGCCGGCCUCCACUGAAGGUCACAAUCUCUCUUGUUCGAGCUAUUUUGAGGCGACCGAUGGCGAAGGGCGGAAGUGGGUUGGAAGAAAAGUUGUCCUAGCCACAGGUUCCGUCGAAGUCCUACCCGCAGAAAUUCCUGGGUACAAGGAAAACUGGCCACAGAACAUAUUUCAAUGCUUGUUCUGCGACGGCCACGAACGCUCUCACUUGCCUGUCGGCAUCAUAGGACUGUCGCCAUUCGUUGCCCACGCGGCCCAGAUGCUGGUCUUCCUGGUUACAGAGUCUUCGGGUCCCCCGAUCUUAUUCAGCAACGGCCCAAUCCCAGAUACCGAACCAAUGCAGCAGACUUUGGAAAAUGUUCGAGCCCUGGGUUUCAAGAUCGAGACCCGCAAGAUUACAAGACUGGUGCCUGAGCAAGAGCCGAAUGUCGGAGUCAACGUCGUGUUUGAAGAUGGCAAGAGUACUUACGUCGGUUACUUGACCGAUAGACCAACAACGGUACUGUCCAGUAGACCCUUGAUCGAUCAGCUGGGACUCGAAGUCGAAAAUCAUCCCGUCAUGGGAGAGAUGGUCAAGGGUGUCGAGAUGGGGAUUGUCACUACGGCGCCCGGGGUAUUCAUUGCCGGCGACGCUGCCACACCGUACAAAUCAGCCACGAACGCAAUCAGUUCAGGCAAAGGCGCUCAAGGUGUCAUCAAAGAACAAAAGCACAACCCCCUUCGACGGAGCGCCCGUUUGGUCCGCUUGAUUGAGGAUGACAAGGUUCAAUCGAGAGCCAGCCAGCAGUCUCUUUCAUCUCCACUUGGCGAUAUUGUAGGACUUCGUCGUGCGCACCGAUCGCCUUCCCUUCUACCAUCGAAGCCUCUGAAGCGGAAACGAGAAACUGAACGGCAACUAAACCCACCCUUUCUACGACGACCGCAACCGCCCCAAACGACAUCGUCUAUUCAGGAUGUUGAUUCUAUUACACAUUGGGCGCAGACAUAUCACUGGCCUCGUGGAUACUCCACACCGAAGGGGGAGAAACGAGUCACUUAUUGGCGAGAAAGAACUCCAUCGCCUCACUUCGCCAAAGGCGAUCACAUUACAGAUGAGGGCAAGGUUCUCUGUCGAAACCUGUUGACCAAGAAGCAACGGAUCCCCAAGGGUUCCAUUUUCUCAAAAGACGUGUUUAAGGAAGCCUGCCAAAACUUUCGGGGCAGAAAUGAGGCCAGGGUGAUCCAAGACAUAGCUCGACUGAUCGUCCCAUCUGCAGAGACCCUGGCCACAUUGGGUGCCCAACAUCUCGAUAAACUGACCGAGAGCGUCGAUGAGGGUCGGGACAAUUCAAUCCCUGUUACCAAACCACGACCACAGCCAGACUACUCGAUCGGGUUCCGACGAGAAGCAUUCACCGAGUCCCAACUUCAAACCCUUCAGCCAUUCGUGGGUGAUUUUACCGACGAUUCUUUCUUCACGGGGACAUGGUACAUGUAUUUUCCCUUCUUCUCGGGCGAGGUGAAGUGUGCGGGUGACCUCGACGUGGCAGAUCGACAGAAUGCACACAGUAUGAUCAUCGAUGUUUUAGGAUUUAUGGUCAUUAUCCUAUAA